AUGGCGUCCCUCCUCGCAUCGCCGGCCACACUGGCUGGUCCUCGAACCGCAGCAUUCGCGAAGGAUCAUCUCCCGCAUCUCCCCAGCAGACUAGCCGCUCGAUCCCCGUCCCUUCGCCUCCGCCCAUUUCCGAGACCAGUAGCGGCUCAGGGAGGCAAGGCAGGGGAGGGCGGGCCAGUGGGUUUGUCGUCGUUGCCUCUUCCAGGAAGCAGCAGCAGCAGCAGCAGCAGCAGCAGCAGCAGCGGUAACAGGCGUUUGUCGACAGUGGCCCAGGCAACGCAGCAGCAGAAAUCGUCUGGUUCUGCUGCAGCUGUUGAGGACAGCAAAAUCGACAUCGGCGACUUUUUCAAGGGCGAUUUACCCAAGAAAUUCCUCAUGCUCCUGGGUCUGCUCGCGCUAUCUCGCGUGGGAAUCUACAUUCCCCUGUGGGGUGUUGAUAUCUCUGCCUUCCAGGAGCAACUGGGGGAGGGCUCAUUCCUGGCCACCCUAGAUACCCUCUCAGGGGGCGGAAUUGGACGGCUGGGAUUGUUUUCGCUGGGCAUCGUGCCGUAUAUCAACGCUCAGAUCGUGUUUCAGCUGCUGGGGACGCUGUAUCCCAAGAUUGGGGAUCUGCAGAAGAAGGAGGGGGAGGCAGGGAGGAAAAAGGCGCAGCAGUAUAUGAAGUAUAUGGCAGUGGCGUUUGGUGCUCUGCAGGCCAUAGGGCAAGUCGCCUAUCUGCAGCAGUACGCCUACGACCCCUCAGUCGCCUGGGCCGUCUCAGCCGUCUCAGGCCUCACCCUCGGCUCAGUUGCUGUGAUUCUCCUGGGAGACAAGAUCACCGACCUCAAGCUCGGCAACGGCACCUCGCUGCUCAUCUUCACCAACAUCGUCUCCUACCUGCCGGCGUCGAUUGGAAGGACCAUCACAGAGGCUACAGAGCAGGGGAACGUUACCGGAGAGGCGCUGCUGCUGGCGUCGUUCCUGCUUCUCGUCUUUGGGAUUGUCUAUGUCCAGGAGGCAGAGAGGCGCAUCCCCAUCAACUAUGCCUCUCGGUACAACAUCAAAACGCGCAACGCUUACCUGCCAUUCAAGGUCAACUCAACGGGAGUCAUGCCCAUCAUCUUCUCCUCCUCUCUCCUCGCAGCUCCCUACUCCAUCGCUCGCUUCACCGGCAGUGCUGCCUUCCAGUCUGCUGCUACGGCUCUCUACCCCGGAGGUCUGCUCUACCUGCCUGCCAACGUGGCACUCAUCGCUUUCUUCAACUACUUCUACACCUUCCUGCAACUCGACCCUGCUGACGUCAGCGACCAGCUCAAGAGGCAGGGCGCCUCCGUGCCCAACACCCGUCCUGGCAAGGCAACAGCGGCGCUCAUCACCAAG